AAGAUUCAUUGUACUCUAUUCAGUGCCUCCAUCUAGUGGCUAUACUAAAAGACACUACUGAAAAAGGGCACGCGCUCAGAUCUUCGCGUUUACUCAUUAGUCCCGAAUCUUAGUUUAUGCUUUUAACUGCACUAGGUGUUUUUCUUUCUUCAUUUUUAUGUGUGCACAUAAACUGUUCCUCAGUAUUUGAUACACAAUUAAAAUACGACGAGCAUGUACUUUGAACAAACAAUUCAAGCCAUGAAAAGAUCAAAGGUCAAAAUUCCGCGGACGUUUCCUGCCACCUCGUUAUGACGCACACAACGAAUUGUCAUCAGAUUACACAACGCAUAGCUUUUCUAACAAGAGCGGGUCUUUGGAUAAACACCCUUUUGUGGAACGACAAGAUCAGGACAAAUCUUUUUUAGUGUCUUAGCACGUGUUGGCAGCGAAAUGGCAGAGGCUAUACUCGGAGAUCACGACCAGUACAGCUGCUCAAUAUGUUUGGAGUUGUUGAGGGAUCCCGUGACUAUUCCGUGCGGACAUAGUUACUGCAUGAGCUGUAUCAAUGAGUGCUGGAAUACAAAUGAUCAGAAAGGGAAGUAUAGAUGUCCACAAUGCAGACAUACUUUCAAUUCAAAGCCUCAACUCAACAGAAGUACAGUGCUUGCUGAAAUAAUGGAGAAACUGAGGAGUACAGAGUCUGCUCAAAGUCUUGCUGGACCUGGAGAGAUUGCGUGUGAUUUCUGUUCUGGAGAAAUGAUCAAAGCUGUCAAGUCUUGUCUGGAGUGUCGAGCCUCUUACUGUGAAACACAUGUACAGCCCCACUAUAAUGUUCCUGCCCUGAAGAAACACAAGCUGGUGAAAGCUGCGGUCAUUCCAGUAUGCCCCAAACACGACAAGCUCCUUGAGGUUUACUGUCGAACGGACCAGAAAUGUGUCUGCAUGCACUGCUUAUUGGAUGACCACAAGGGCCAUGACACAGUACCAUCUACAAUAGAGCACAAUGAGAAACAGAUAAAACUUACACACUCUCAGACAAACGUCAAGCAGACAAUCCAGGCAAAAGAAAAAGAGCUGCAGAAGAUGAAAAUGGACAUCACAUCCCAUUCAGAUUCUGCAAAGAAGGCAGUGGAGAACAGUAAGAAAGUCUUCAGUGAAUUAGUCAAACUUAUUGAGAAAAAAACCAAUGAGGUGAUUGAAGAAAUAAAAGCUCAAGAAAAGGCUGAUCUGGAUCACGGCACAAAGCUACAAAAGAAACUGGAGGGGGAAAUUACUGAGCUGAAGAAGAGGGAAGGAGUUCUAGAGGAUCUUCUACAGACAGAAGACAACAUCCAAUUUCUUCAGAAUUAUGAGACUGUGUCCUCUUCAUCUGGAUCUGAUGAGUUGCAGAGUUUCUCAUUUCAGCCAUACUGCUCUUUUGAGGACGUAAGAAAACUUAUAUGUGAACUUACUGGGAGACUUGAGACUACUUGCACGCAGGAGAUAAGUAAAACAGUUAAUAAAGUUUCAGAUUUGUCCGCAAAGAGGCCUCCGUUUGACAUUGUAGUUGGAGACAGAGUCCGCGUGAAGCCAUCUGUUGUUACUCCAAUACACAAAUGGGGAUCGGUUACUCACUUGAGUGUUGGUGUUGUUAAAAAAAUUCAGGGUGAUUUGUUGACUGUAGAUUUCCCCGAACAAAGAAACUGGACUGGUGUAGUUUCAGAAAUGGAGCAUGUGAGCGGUGCUGGUUCAGAUUUGUCAACCAAAAAUGGUCCAUUUGACAUCGAUGUUGGAGACAGAGUCAGAGUGAAGCCUUCCAUUACCACCCCAAAACAUAACUGGGGUAGAAACGUCACUCAUAAGAGUGUGGGUGUGGUGAAAGACAUAAAAGAUGAUGACAGUGUGGUUGUUGACUUCCCUGGACAUGCAAACUGGAAAGGAAUUCUCACUGAAAUGGAGCUAGGAACUAAUGAUGAUGAUGAGAUUGGACCUUCAAGUCUGGACUCCAAUAUUAAGAUUGGAGACAAAGUUCGUGUGAAGCCGUCAGUUGUUUCUCCAACCCACAAAUGGGGAGCAGUCACUCACAAAAGCAUUGGUGUUGUUAAAAAAAUUCAGGGCGACUCUUUGACUGUAGAUUUCCCUGAGCAAAAAAACUGGACUGGUAUAGUUUCAGAAAUGGAGAUUGUGGCCAGCGCUGGUUCAGAUUUGUCAACAAUAAAUGCUCCAAUUGACAUUAAGGUUGGUGACAAAGUCAGAGUGAAAUUUUCCAUUAACACCCCGAAACCUAACUGGGGUGCUGAUGUCACACAUAAGAGUGUGGGUGUGGUAAAAGACAUUAAAUGUGAUGACAGUCUGAUUUUUGAUUUUCCUGAACAUGCAAAUUGGAAGGGAAUUCUCUCUGAAAUGGAGAUGGUAACCAAUAAUGAUGAUUUUGGAUCUUCAAGUCUGGAGUCCGUUAUUAAGAUUGGCGACCAAGUUCGUGUGAAGACGUCUGUUGUUACACCAACGCACAAAUGGGGAGCAGUCACUCACAAAAGCAUUGGUGUUGUUCAAAAAAUUCAGGAUGAGUCUUUGAUUGUGGAUUUUCCUGAGCAUAAAAAAUGGACUGGUUUAGUUUCAGAAAUGGAGCUUGUGACCAGUACUGAUUUAGUCGACAUUAAGGUUGGAGACCGAGUCAGAGUGAAAUCUUCCAUAAUUACUCCAAAACAUAACUGGGGUGGACAUGUCACACACAAGAGUGUUGGUGUUGUAAAAGAUAUCAAAUCUGAGGAUGUGAUUGUGGAUUUUCCGAAACACAAAAGCUGGAAAGGCAUUCUCUCCGAGAUGGAGUUGGUAAACUACUCAGAGGCUGACAUUUCAGGAUCCUCCUAGAUUGUGAGGAUGUGACUGUGGACGUCUCGGUUUACCUUUUGCUUUUGUGAAUGAAUUUUGAUCACUGAAACUUGCCUAUGUUUUUAUUUGUAGUCGUGUCUCGUGUGAACAUAGAAAAUGACAUACACUUAUGGAUUCACUCUACAGUUUUCAUACUGGUGUCCUUCACAUCACAGGAGAGUUAUUUUGUUAGACAGAAGCUUAUAAAAGGUUCAUUAAUUCAGGUGUUUCAAAUUCAUUUGCAAUAGCAAACCAUUCAAUUUGAUUCAUGAAUGAUUGUAUUUUGUAAUUGAUUUGCUAGCAAGGUUGUUGCAGUUAGAAAGAAUGUUUUUACGUAGACUGAUUUUUAUCAACUGAAAUCUGGUUUAGCUCUGGGAAAGAGCACAUACUCCGAAUUAUGUUUCACUUUA